AUGAAUCAAAGCAUUCUUUAUAUGAACAAGGUCCAGAAAAAACACAAUGGGAUCUACUUCUGUAACUUCACAAGAAACAACCUCACUAGAGUUCCCUGUGCAACAGAACUGAUGGUUUUUGGUUCUGGGAACCAAGCUACAGCAAAGUCGAGAAAUAUAAUGAAAGAUGCAAUCAUAAUGGUUCAGACAAUUCUUAUUGUGCUUUUCAUAAGUGUGCCAAUAUCCAUUCUAAUGGAAAUGAAGAAAAAACGCACUCUGAAGAUUGAGGAUCAUACAUAUGAGGGACUGGAGGCAUACCAAACAGCAACCUAUGAGGAUAUCCAGACAGUGCGGAUGUUUACCACUAAAACCAUGGAAGGAGAACACCCGUGUCUGGAGUAGGUUUCGGCCAGAGCUAGAAAUACAAGGACUCCACUAGCAUCUGCUGGGACUUACAGUUCCUAUGACUUCUUCACUAUAUAGUGCUAACGUUGACAUGUUAAGUUUCAAAC